AUGGCCUCGGAGAACCCCGCGCCCGAUGCCGGCCAGGCAUUCGACUUCUCGCCGUGGGAGAGCCUGCUGAACGAUCCGUCGGUGCUUCAGCUGGCACAACAGCUCCAGAACGACCCCGCGUUCCAGCAGAUGCAGAGCGUCCUGCAGCAGAGCUUCGGCGUUCCGGGCGCGCCCGCCGGGUCGGCGGAGCCGCAGGAGGGCGGCGAUGCGGCCAAGGAGGGCGCCGGGGAAGGGGCGAAGGCCGAUGCCCCGGCCGAUGGGGAUUCGGAGCAGAAGGAGGGGGCUCCGCCGGUGCCGGGCAUGCCGCCGCUUGCGAUGGACCCAGCGAAGGCCAUGGAGGCCAUGCAGCAGCUGUACGCCAACCCGCAGUUCGUUCAAAUGGCCGAGAAGAUUGGGCAGACGAUGCUGCAGCACAAUCCUGUCAUGAAGGCCCUGAUGGACCCCACACAGAGGGAGGCCAUGCAGGGAAAAUUUGACCAGUUGAAGGAAGACCCCGAGCUUGCGCCUAUCAUGAAGGAGCUGGAAACUGGUGACCCGCAGGCGAUGAUGAAGUACUGGAACAACCCCGAGGUGCUGAAGAAGUUCAGUGCUGCCCUUCAAGAUGUCAUUGGGCCCGGCUUUGGGGAGGGGGCAGGAGAUGAGGAGGGAGAAGAGGUCCCGAGCAUGCAGUCCUAUGCUGGGGAAGGGAAUGUGGAGAGCUUGAAGGAACUGCUGAAGCAAGGUGUGGAUAUUGACGACAAAGAUGAGGAGGGCCGCACAGGUCUUCAUUUUGCCUGUGGCUAUGGCGAGAUGGAGUGCAUCAAUUUUUUCCUGGACAAUGGCGCAAAGAUUGACUCUGUAGACAACAACAAGAACACUGCCCUCCACUAUGCAGCUGGCUAUGGACAGGCCGAAGCUGUGAAGCUGUUGGUAUCAAAGGGUGCUGCCUUGGACACCAAGAACGAUGAUGGCAACACGCCGAAGGAAGUGGCACAACUGAACGAAAAGGAUGAUAUUGUGAAACUGCUGGAAGAGAAAUAG